GCAAGAAAGAAAAGGCACGGGAUCGGGGAGGAGGCGCCAUCUGAUUGAUCCGACGUUACGCUGCAAAAGCGGAACCACCAUCCCACCACCCCCUCCAUCCUUUUCCAUUUCCCUCCACCGAGAGCACGCAGCAUCCACUCUCCCCCUACUAGCUCCAGUCUCCAUCUCCUCCUCCUCCUCCCGGUGCUCCUGGCCGUGGCACCAUCCACUGAUCCACCAAUGGGCUCAGCCUCAGCAGGUGGUGAUCUCCGGGAGCACCUGCUGGACGUCGACGGCGGCGCGGCGGCGCCCAAGAUACGGGUGCGCGGGCUGCGCCGCCUGGCGGACGGGCCGGCGGGCGACGAGAUCCUGCGGGGCGUCGACCUGGACGUCCCGCGCGGCGUGGUGAUGGGCGUCAUCGGGCCCAGCGGCAGCGGCAAGUCCACGCUCCUCCGCGCGCUCAACCGCCUCUGGGAGCCCGCCCCCGGCGCCGUGCUCCUCGACGGAGCCGACAUCCGCGGCAUCGACGUCCUCGCGCUCCGCCGCAAGGUCGGCAUGCUCUUCCAGCUCCCCGCCAUGUUCGAAGGAACGGUGGCGGACAACGUGCGCUACGGGCCGCAGCUGCGCGGCAAGAAGCUCACAGAAGCUGAAGUGAGGAAUCUGCUGAGCAUGGCGGACCUGGACCCUGCUCUAUCCUCCAAGCCGGCCUCCGAGCUGUCCGUCGGCCAGGCGCAGCGUGUCGCCUUGGCGCGCACCCUCGCCAACGACCCCGAGGUGCUCCUGCUGGACGAGCCGACGAGCGCGCUGGACCCCAUCUCCACGCAGAACAUCGAGGAGGCCAUCGUGCGGCUGAAAAAGGCGAGGGGGCUCACCACGGUGAUCGUCUCCCACAGCGUGAAGCAGAUCCAGCGCAUCGCGGACCUGGUGUGCCUCGUCGUUGCCGGCGAGAUCGUGGAGGUGCUAGCGCCGUCCCAGCUGUCCGACGCCAAGCACCCCAUGGCCAGGCGCUUCUUGGAGCUCAGCGGCUAAAGGCCCUUGAAUCCAUUUCCUCCAAGCAAGAGGAGGAUCUGAAGUUGGAGUAUGUCUUAACUCGAAUUUGUAACUGUAAUCUGAAUCUCUUUAAGACAAAUCCUGGACCAAGCUCUAGCCUGUCAUUGGGCCACGUCGCGCGAAAUUCUCAGCCUUUGGAUA